GAAUUACACCUUUUCGAACUGGUGAAAAUAAAUCAUAUAUUUCAUAUUUUUUUAAUACAAAUGCCAGCGAGACCUUAAAAUUAUGACGAUAUAUUGCUGAAGUACACCUAUAUGCAUAUAAAAUCCAUUAUACUUUUUGAUAGAAAUUACUUUCUAUUCCAUUCGAAAGAAAUUAAAUACCUAUUAUCGGUUAAUUUCCUAGAUGGCGUUAACUGCACUAAAUGGGUAGUAGAAUAAAAAAUUAAUUCUAUAGAAAUCUAUAGGAUAAUCGCUGCAUGAAAACCUUAACCUGGAUUAAACAAUAUAAUGUGUGACACUUUCUUCUUUACUGUUUUUUGUUUUGCAUAAAUACACAAAUAAAAAUUUACAUAAUUGUGAGCAAGCAUGAUUAUUGAAUUGAAUUGAAGGACAAAAUAUUUCAACUUUUCUGGGUGUUGCAGUGAAAAGGGUAUCGAACACUGUUUUUGGCACAAAAGGAUCAAAAAGCGGUACUAACUGAAAUUAUGCAGAAAAAUUACAAAAACUCUUAGAAUUUCGUGCAAGAAUACACAUUAAUUUUAUUUCGCAUACAAACAUGUUCAAGGUUAUGCAAAUGCAUCGAGCGCGAAAAUAUGUGCGAAAGCAGAAUUUUCAUAGCCGAAAAUAUAGCGAAAUUCUUGGAAAGCGCUUUGUUCACGGUUUGCGCUGCAACAAUCACGCGGGUAGCAGGUGUGUGAAGGCUGUUCGACACUGCCACGGCACCGAUCCUUUGUCGCGUGUCGGCUUAACGGCGGCGCACAGCAUGACAGGUAGCCGACGCGCAGUUGCAUGUGUGGAUUAUGUCGUUAGCGGGACAAUAAACCCAAGCCGCGGUUUUGCUUAAGCCGUCUUGGGAUAUCCGCUGCAGAUCGUCGAAAUUCGCGAAUACCGUUUAGCUGCGUUUUCGAACGGUGUUCGCGUACGCAUAUGACUUGUUGUCCUUUUCCCGCGCAUUUUCAUUAAUGUCGCUUGCCGCAGCGAGUGACCUUUCUGCGGGAGCAUAUAUCAGCACACCGUCGACUAGGAUAUAAAACGUUUGCGCAGCAUCCUGGUAGUUCAGUAUGAAUGAUCAAAUCGCCGGAGACAAUCACGCAUAUGAAGUGCUUAUUUAUCAACGAGAAUUAGAUAAAAUUGAAAAAAUAAUUAAAACGAACAAUAUGUUGCUCAACUCAACACGAAAUACUAGUAGCGGAAAUGCCGAUUCUUCGCAACAACCGCUUUUAGUGAAUACUUCGUCGUUUAAUAGUGAAAAUUUACAAAAUUGCCUCUCUAUUUCGAGAGAUAUCGAACGUCAGGAGCAGUUACGUCAAAUAAAUCGUCGGCUCAGUCAUCCUACACCAUUGGAGGCUACGAUGACUUACGAGGAGAUUUUCGAGUGCUCGUUUGAGGACGACCGUUAUUAUACAGCACAAGACUACCAGAAUUCGUCUAGUCCACGACAAGUAACCGAUCUAGAUGUGUCACAAAGCAUCAACGAUUGCAUGAGUUACUUCGAUGAAGAUGUAAAUGUGGAUUCAGGUCCAUCACGCUGUGAUACGCCCAACAAAUUGCCCACCACCGGCACUGUUGCCGCAGCAGUGGCAAAUUUACAAACUCAAAUGUUUAAAGCUAUGGGUUCACCGCCGCCACCGUACAAAGAGCACGCCUCGCCAAAGAUAUGUAACGAGCCUGCAGAACCAACACCGCAGACGAGCACCAUACAGCAACUACGUAAAAAAUACGAACAAAACAUUGUAAACGAACCAAUUCGGAAAACACAAGAGAAGCCGCCAAAAGUGAAGGAACUACGUCGGUCAAUGCCAAUAGUCCCAGCGCCAAGCUUACGCCCAAAAUCACCAAAAGUUUCACGUAAAUCGAAAGUUAAGCAAAUGGCGCAUAUGUUCAAUAAUAAAAUUCAUCAGUUGAUGCGUCGCGACUCCAAUGAAAAGCAGGGUUAUACACAGUUGAAUGUCACACAAACGCAGAAUAUAAAUCCAGCUAAGAAACUGGGGAUACUGAAACCAACCAAUAAGGUCCGUCGUAUGCCAAGUUUCCGCACUGGUCUGCCUAGUCCAGUGCCCAGUCCACGUUUCAAACGGAAACCCGGUCAACAUACCACCGACAAGCCACUGAGCGACAGCGAGAGUGCUUGCCUAGUCGCCGAAGAUGUUUUCCGCAAACUCUCUGUGAAGGAUAAAGCUUUGCUGUAUAACAAAUUUAUUGAGGAUAUGUCCAAACAGCAUCCACAGUUCAGCGUACAUGCACGCCUCGUGGAGGCUACGGUACAGCAGGAAUUGGAGCGAAGCGAACGUGAACUAAAGCCACCUAAAGUCAAGGAGCUGGCGCGUGAAUUAGAGGCCAAACUCAACUUGCCCAAACCAAAGAUAUCUUCAUGGGCUUUGAAAAGACUUGCUGAACUACAAAAGACACCUGAAUAUGACGCAGCGAACAGACGCAUUUCAAUAUCAUCACCACCGCCAGCGAUCGCAGCUGCAUUGCAAUCUCUGCAAGAGCAAGAUGAAGAGCCGAACGAUGCUAAGCAAACCGAGUGCGAAGUUAACAAUGAAGAAGUCGAGGCUGAGGAGUUGCAUGUUAGCACAUUGACUGUUGUGCUCAAGCCAAGCCCUGACAAGCUGGCGCCCAAGCAACGUGAGGUGCCACGCAUUCUGCCUCGCAAGACACGCGAGCUACAGUUCAUACAUGAUAUGCGUAAGAUAGAGCGUUCGCAAAAACGUAAUAACGAAUCGAUGCGCGCCUCAGUCUCCUUCGAAGCUUAUGGACCACCGAAGAAAAUACGACGCACUAGAGCCGAACGCCUACAACCCAAAGCAAUCUUUCAAAACGCGCAUAUGGAACGUUUGUUCUACAACUGGAUCAUGGAGAAGAAUGGCAUUACGUUCGAUAUUACAACAGUAGAGAACAGCGAGGAUUCGUUGUGUGCAAAUGGCGAUGAAGUUAAUACAUCGAAAUCUUCGACUAAAUCCAAAUCGAAAGUACAUGUGUUGUUGGAAAAGGCUAUAGCUAAAUUGGAAAACGUUGAAGCACGCGUGUUAAGACGUGAUAGCUAUGUGUCAAAGAAAACUGAGAAAGCCUUGAAAAUAAUCAAGGAAACUAGAGAACAGAAAGUCGUCGAUAAAAGUAUUGUCGAAGUUGAACUGUCGAACAGCAAGACCGGCACUUCCAGCGAUGAAAUUCACGCUGAAACCGCAAAUCGAAAAACCCAGAGAAAGGUGAAACGUCAGGCACCACAACCACCCAAGGCAGAAUUGUUAAUUAAGAAAUCAAACUCCGAACAAGGAAAGGAGCAAGAUUUUUCAUCAUUGGUAUCUUCAGAUAAGCAAUCCGAAGCGGAAAGUGAAUCGGGACUCUCUAGCUUACCAAAGAUUACAAGCGAUGAGUCACAACCAGAACAAACCGCACCACCGGCCUAUGCCCACAAAGCAGCCGACUUUGAAUUUACCAAACCUAUCAAACCAGCACGCAAGAAGAAGUUGCGCCGCACACUCACCUGGAAGAAAGAGAAUUGCAUUAUCGAGAGUCGUCCCAUACCGUCAUCUACCGACUCUGAGAGCGAUCACGCUAAAGCGUCUGAGAAAAUAGAGCAGGAGGAAGUUGUCUAUGUAAACGUAAUGCAGCCCCCUAAACAGAAAGAAGAUAAGACGAUAAAAAACCAGAUCAACGAAAUGGCAGUUGCAGCGCAAGAAGCUCUAAAUAAAGAGAAACAAGAAAAGAAUACCGAAAAUGACGAUACAAUCAUGAAUAAUUUGAAUACACCACAAAAAAUAAGAUCCGCCUAUACGCUCACAGCUAUGUCCACACCUUCGGCACACACAGAAAGUGAUCCUUCACCUUUAACAGAGAGCGAUCCCGAGAUUAUUCGCGAACAUAGCAUGCAUCAGUUGAAUUUGUCGUCACCAUCACUGGUGUCGCAGCUAGAGAAGCAACAAAAUUUGCUAGAGAAGUCCACAGAAACAAAAAUUGCUGUAAAUAAUAAGUCAGCUUUGGAUAUAACACAAUCGGAUCACACACUGCAAAAGCUUAUCGACAGUUUUAUUGAUCUCGGUUUCGAAACUGGCUCAAAUGGUAUGGAGAGUCCAGAGCGUCGUUCCGCACCUGUGCCGAAACCCCGAAGAAGUAAAGGCUCCUCGCCACUUUUCAUCAAACUCACACCUGAACUGGAGAAGACACUACAACAAAAUCGUUCCAGCUUUUCUUCGACACCGGUAAAGGGCAUGACAAACAACCAGUCACAGCAAGCAUUCAACAACAAUACAGCACGCCAACUGCAACAGCAGUCCAUAAGUCCCAUCGGCACACUUAAUGCCACGCGUCGUCGUUCGCUGAAUCCGGCCGAGGAUUCUCGUCGUAAUUCUAUAGCUAUGCAAGUUAUUCGCGAGGAUCGUCCUUUGGAACAUGUUGAUCGUUCACAAACGCAAACGCCUCAAUCGGCCACCUCCAUGGAGACCAGCUUCUUCGGUAACUCCUUUAAUUUGAAUGUUAGCCACAACAAUGAACAACAGGAGAGAGCAUCUAAGUUUUGGAUACGUGCUGAUGACUUUACAAUUAACAUGGAUGUCUUCUACAAUCCACCAGACCGUCUACGCUUACUAUAUGACAUAUUCAGCCAAAAGAGUAGCGAGACACGUGAUUUACGCUUUGGCAUCGAUGAUUACAAAUUCUCAACUCAAAAGUCAGACGACAAAGCCGACAUCUCGAAUCGUCUGCCCACAAUUAAUGGUUGCUCACACUAUUGGUUCUCCACUGGUGAUCUGGCUGUGCCAUUCAACGGCAAAUAUUUGGCUCCAGAGAAGAUUGAACGCAUGUUUGCUUUCAUAAAGGAUACGAUUAACGAAAAGACACAAUUACGUUUCGGUGUCGAUGACUAUGAAUUCUCCCGAGUGCCUGAAAGCUGGGACUCUUGUGCUAAGUUUUCAAUGGAAAGCAGCUACAGCAUGCUUGUGGGUCUACAAGGUGCCAACAAUGGAUUGGAGGGACGUAGUCGUUUCGCUUGGCCAAGUUCGGUAUACAACUCUGCUAACUCGAAUGAAAGCUCCAUAAAAACAUCGGAUUUAGAUUGUUCAGUAAUGGGUUCCGACUUUGAUGACAGUGAAUUACGCCAUCUCACUGAAUCGCCAACAGGCACCAACUACUACGAUGUGGUCUCGGUAGAUAGUGCCGACCUGAUAUUGCCACGCAAUAGCAAUGAGGCAAAAUGUGAGCAAAUUUUCGACACGAAAUUCGACUUUGAAACGCUGGAUAAUCUCUUUGAAGAAGAUCAAAAGAAGACUCUGAACAAAUCACUGGACACUAAUCAUAGACAAUCCAUACCGGAAAUGUUACAGAAACUACAGCAUCAAAAGCUGAAAUUGACGGCUUUGGAAAAACGCAUGAAGACCUAUUCAAAUCACUCGGGCAUAGCUGGUGCUGUCAUACCGCACUCGAAGGAGUCACCGCUCUACAUGCAUAAAUUGCGCACCAUGAUCUAUGCUAUCGAUAAUAUUGGACGCGAAACCGGCUUUAAGGCUUGCAGCAUGACACAACUGGAGAGUUUCAUGUUCUUCCUUACACGCUAUGCCGAUAUGUGCUUGGCCAGCUGCGAUAAACAUAUGAACAAGGUAUUGGACGCAUUGUUGGAUCAGCAGCAGAAGCAUCAGCAGGAAUUGGUCCAAGUCAAUAAGGAAUUGGGUGUGGCCUAGGCGAUGCGCACUGAGAGGAUUACAAAUAUCGACGAGACAUUCCUUCCAGAUUGCAAAUCUAGUUCCAUGUUCAUUUUUAUUGUUUCGAAAUCUUGUUUUUAAUAUUAUAUUACUUAUAACUCUAAUAAAUUGGAAUUCCGCUGAAAGAAA